CCAGCCCCCUUCCACCAUGUUCAACCUGAUGAAGAAGGACAAAGAGAAGGAUGGGGCCAGGAAGGAGAAGAAGGAAAAGAAGGAGAAGAAGGAGCGGAUGUCGGCGGCUGAGCUCAAGAGCCUGGAGGAGAUGAGCAUGCGCCGGGGUUUCUUCAACCUCAACCGGGCCUCCAAGCGGGAGUCCAAGACGCGCCUGGAGAUCUCCAACCCCAUCCCCAUCAAGGUGGCCAGCGGCUCCGACCUGCACCUCACGGACAUUGACUCCGACAGCAACCGGGGCAGCGUCAUCCUGGACUCGGGGCACCUGAGCACGGCCAGCUCCAGCGACGACCUCAAGAUGGACGACGGCAACUUCAAGGGCUCGGUGCUGCAGCGGGCGGCCAAGUUCGGCUCGCUGGCCAAGCAGAACUCGCAGAUGAUCGUCAAGCGCUUCUCCUUCUCGCAGAAGAGCCGGGACGAGAGCGCCUCGGAGACCUCGACGCACUCCGAGCACUCG